AAAACUCAGCUUUCCCACCCAUCCAAGAAACACAAUACUUUCCCUUCUGUUACAAGAAAAAAAAAAGACCGGAAAAAGGAGCAAAAAAUGGCAACCAUCGGAGAGACGAAAACCGAUUCGACCAACGUUGAGACGAAAACCGAGUCAACUAAUGGAGAGCAAGUGAGCCGGCACCAAGAGGUUGGCCACAAGAGUCUUUUGCAAAGUGAUGCUCUAUAUCAGUAUAUUCUUGAAACAAGUGUGUAUCCAAGAGAGCCUGAACCCAUGAAGGAGCUUAGAGAGGUAACGGCAAAACAUCCAUGGAAUAUCAUGACAACAUCAGCCGAUGAAGGACAAUUUAUAAACAUGUUACUGAAAUUAGUGAAUGCUAAGAACACCAUGGAGAUCGGGGUUUUCACGGGUUACUCUCUUCUCGCCACCGCCCUUGCUCUUCCCGAUGAUGGCAAGAUUUUGGCGAUGGAUAUAAAUAGAGAAAAUUACGAAGUGGGACUUCCAAUUAUAGAAAAGGCCGGAGUUGCCCACAAAAUCGACUUCAAAGAAGGCCCAGCCUUGCCCGUCCUUGAUCAAAUGAUCGCCGAUGGAAAAUAUCAUGGGACAUUUGAUUUCAUAUUUGUGGACGCUGAUAAGGACAACUACAUUAACUACCAUAAACGGUUGAUUGAUUUGGUCAAGAUAGGUGGGUUGAUUGGUUACGAUAACACCCUAUGGAAUGGAUCUGUUGUGGCACCCGCGGAUGCACCGAUGAGAAAGUAUGUCCGAUAUUACCGAGAUUUCGUGUUAGAGCUUAACAAAGCGUUAGCCGCUGAUCCAAGGAUAGAAAUAUGCAUGCUUCCUGUUGGUGAUGGAAUUACCCUAUGUCGUCGGAUCAACUGAAUACAUAUUAUGAUGUUAUAAUGGGCCACCAAACUUAGUGGGAUAUAUGUUGUGGGUGGGCCCAAUAUAAAGAAGAGCAUAUGUUUUAUUCUUCAAUUUCUUAAUUAUUGUGUUUUCAGUCAAAUAUACUACAAAAUGAAUUACUAUGUGGUCCCAUUUCUUUA